AUGAAGUACACGUUCACGACACUCUCCAUGCUGGCCAUGGCUGUGGCUCAGCAGGCCGGCACCGAACAGUCUGAGACACACCCCAAGCUGAGCUGGCAAAAGUGUACAUCAGGUUCCUGCUCCAUUAUUAACGCAGAAGUCGUCAUCGAUGCCAACUGGCGUUGGAUUCACGAAGUCGGCGGAUACGAAAACUGCUAUGAGGGCAACUCAUGGACCGGAAAAUGCUCAAGCGCGGACGACUGUGCUAAGAACUGCGCCAUGGAGGGAGCCGAGUACGGUGGCACUUACGGUGUUUCAACCAGCGGAAACGCCAUGACGUUGAAGUUUGUCCAGGAGCACUCGUACGGCAAGAACAUCGGCUCUCGCAUGUACUUGAUGAACGGAGACAGCAAGUACCAAAUGUUCACUCUGAUGAACAACGAGUUUGCAUUUGAUGUCGACCUAUCCACGGUUGAGUGCGGUCUUAACAGCGCCCUCUACUUCGUUGCAAUGAAGGAAGACGGCGGUCUCUCCUCUGAAGCCAACAACAAGGCUGGUGCCAAGUAUGGUACUGGUUAUUGCGACGCUCAGUGCGCCCGUGACCUGAAGUUUAUCGGUGGCAAGGGCAACAUCGAAGGUUGGGAGUCUUCUGACACCGACGACAGCGCCGGUGUUGGCAACAUGGGUGCCUGCUGUGCUGAGAUCGACGUUUGGGAGUCCAAUGCUCACGCCUACGCCCUGACUCCUCACCCUUGUGAGGACAACAACUACCACGUCUGUGAGGGCGACACUUGUGGCGGUACUUACUCCGAAGACCGCUACGGAGGCGGCUGCGAUGCUAACGGAUGCGACUACAACCCCUACCGUAUGGGUAACCCUGAUUUCUAUGGGCCCGGCAAAACCAUCGAUACCACAAAGAAAUUUACCGUCAUCACUCGCUUCCAGCCUGAUCGCAUGUAUCAGGUCUUCAUUCAGGACGGCAAAACUAUCACAGUCCCUGGUGCGAAGUGGGAGGGUGUUCCGGAGACCUCUGAAAUCACCCCUGACUACUGCGAGUCUCAGUUCGCUGUUUUUGGCGAGCGCGAUCGCUUCAAUGAAGUUGGUGGUUACACUAAGCUCAACGCGGCCCUUGAGAUUCCAAUGACUCUUGUCAUGUCUAUUUGGAGCGACCACUACGCCAACAUGCUUUGGCUCGACUCUACCUACCCUCCUGAGAGAGCUGGCGAGCCCGGUACCGAGCGUGGACCCUGUGCCCCGACAUCUGGCGUUCCCGCUGAGGUCAUUGAACAGUUCCCCAACUCCCAGGUUGUCUGGUCAAACAUCCGCUUCGGCCCGAUCGGCAGCACCUACAACAUCAACGCUUAA